GAUCACCUUUGUUUUCGUAAAAACUAUAACGUAAAUUCUCAAAGUUUAGGGGCCAAAAGGAGAACCUCAUUUUACCAUCUGUUUUCAUUUAAGCCUGAUUUGAGUUUUACUUGGUUUUCAUGGGGGAAAGGUGACGAGAGCUCAGCUGCUGCUUACGGAAAUGGUGGGCAGACGAAAACAACCUAAAAUUGCCUCAAAACGGAGAAAGUUUCAGAACAGAACCGGAGAUGAAGCGAAAGAUGAUCGAAUCAGUGCGUUGCCAAGUUGCGUGCUACUUGAAAUCCUGUCCCGUUUACCCUCCACAAAAGACGCAAUCAGAACAGGUGCACUUUCCAACCGAUGGAAAAAUCUUUGGACUUCGGUUCCCACUCUAAUUUUCAAAGGUCGUGUUCGUAAUGUCUGCGAAUCCGAUUUCGUUUCCUUCGUGGACAAAACCCUAAUUCAAUGUCGCCAAUCGAAGCUCACGAAAUUGGAAGUGGAGUCCUAUGAUAUUCGACGAUUUGCAUCGCAAGUCAACAAUUGGAUUCGCUAUGCUAUAAGCUGUAAUGUUGAAGUGCUUAAAUUAGAGUUAUGGAAACCUGUACAUGAAGCUGGAUAUCCGUUGGAUGAAUUAUUUUUCAGGGCUUCAAGUUUUACUCAUCUGAGAUUAGAAGGCUGCAUUUUUAAUCCAACUGGGGCUAUUAGUUGGAAAAAUCUUAGGAGUUUGAGUAUUUCAUAUGGGAAUUUAGAUGAAGAUUUGAUUGAAAACAUUUUAUCUGGUAGUCCUGUAUUGGAAACUUUGGUGUUGGAUUAUUGUGAAGAUUAUAGGCGGCUCAACAUUACUUCAAAGAGCUUGAAGAACUUGGUGUUGUCCGGAUAUAUCGAUUAUCUUGCUCCACCUAAUGAUGGUAGCAUCGAAAUCAAUGCUCCUCAUAUUUCAUCACUAAGAAUCAGAGGUUGUUUGUUGUUGUGGAAGCCUUUGUUGGUAAACGUGUCGUCUUUAGUUGAAGCUAAUCUAGAUUAUACACUCUAUGAUCAUCAUGAAACAAGUACCCUCGAUGAAGCAGAAGAAGAGAUGCUUAAAGUAUUGAUGCUAAACCUUUGCCGUGUUAAGGAGCUUAAGUUUAAUUUUGGGGAUGAAUGUUCUAAGACUUUUUCUCGUUUGAAAGAUAAGGGUUUCACUAUUCCAUCAAAUGCAAAGUUUCAUUGA